CUCUAUAAGUAUCCAGUUGUUUCCGGCCGGCCCCAGUCCCGCUGCUGUGUUUGCGUUCGUGGUCGUACCUCUUCGUUCGUUCUGAGCUUUUGCUGCCGCUGCUCUUCGCGAUGCCUGAACCGGCAAAAUCCGCUCCGGCUCCCAAGAAGGGCUCCAAGAAGGCCGUCACUAAAGCCCAGAAGAAAGACGGCAAGAAGCGCAAGCGCAGCCGCAAGGAGAGCUACUCCAUCUACGUGUACAAGGUGCUCAAGCAGGUCCACCCCGACACCGGCAUCUCGUCCAAGGCCAUGGGCAUCAUGAACUCGUUCGUCAACGACAUCUUCGAGCGCAUCGCCGGCGAAGCGUCCCGCCUGGCCCAUUACAACAAGCGCUCCACCAUCACCUCCCGCGAGAUCCAGACUGCCGUGCGCCUGCUGCUGCCCGGCGAGCUGGCCAAGCACGCCGUGUCCGAGGGCACCAAGGCGGUCACCAAGUACACCAGCUCCAAGUGAGUCCCUGCCGGCCGCCAGACACCAAAGGCUCUUUUCAGAGCCACCCACCUUCUCAGUGAAAGACGCUGUGUGCUCUUCGCCUACCCGUUUCCCUAGUUAGUACCCACCUUACUUGCAAGACGAGAGAUGAACACAGGAUGGGGCCGUGUACUCUAGCUUGAAGGAGAGCUCUCUGAGGGUGUUGUGCUCAUCCAUGUGCACAAAACUUAACUCUUUCAAAAGUGAAACAGCACGCGAUGUGUGUGCUGUCCAAUGUAAAGUACUCAGGAAAAUGGAGAAAAAGGAGGCGUUAAGCAGUGGUUUGUCUAAAGCGAUUUGGUUGGGUCAGUGCUGUAAAAUAACUGCAUCCUCUCUUGAGCGCUGGAAACUUUAAUGUAAAAAAUAAAACAGUCAGUCCUUGGAGACCA